UUAUAAUUCAGUCACAUCAAUAAAGCCCAUAAAUUCGGAUUUUUCUUUCUGAAGUGUUGGCGAUUUGUCACUUUAUUAUUUAUUACGUUCACUAAAAGUGUCCGCGCUGUUAAUCGUGUUCUCUUCCGUGCUUCGUCCCGUCGUGACGUUUCAUCCCCUUCCAUCUAUUGUUAGGUUGUGACCACGAUGCGCUUUAUAGCAACCGUUGCCCUGUGAUCCGGCGCCAUAGUCACCGUAGUCGUGGCGACUGUAACCCACCAACAACAACAACCAGCACCUCGCGCUCCAUCCUUACCGCCUCUGCCAUCCUCAUCCUCAUCCUCAUCCUCAUCUCCACGCACCGUCCAGGCGCCAUGCAAACCCCAGAGGCUGGCGCUGACUCCUCGUCCACAGUGCCCCUCCAGACCAGCGUGCCUGUGCAGCCUGCUGUUACUACCCAGCAGGUGCCCACUCAGGUGCCAGUACAGCAACAGGCACAGACUGUUCAACAGGUCCAGCAUGUGUACCCGUCCCAGGUGCAGUAUGUGGAGGAGAACAGCGGCGUCUACACCAACGGAACCAUACGCGCGUACUCGUACUCUGAGCCGCAGCUGUACAGUCAGAACAACAGCGGGAGCUACUUUGACACGCAAGGCGCCGUGCCCCAAGUGAGCACAGUGGUGACGACUCACAGUCUGGCCAACAACGGCAGCACUAACGGCGGCCUGGCUAUGGGCCUCACGGGGGGUCAGAUCAUCAGCAGCUCAGGGGCCUAUCUGAUCGGGUCCAACUCCAUGGAUGGCUCUGCCCCUCACGCCGGAGCGCAGACCACUAGGGCUUCUCCUGCUACGAUUGAAAUGGCGAUUGAGACGCUCCAAAAGUCUGAGGGUUUGUCCAGUCAGAGAAGUUCACUGCUCAACAGCCACCUGCAGUGGCUUCUGGAUAACUAUGAGACUGCAGAGGGGGUGAGUCUGCCUCGUUCCACACUCUACAACCACUACCUGCGCCACUGCCAGGAGCAAAAGCUCGAUCCGGUCAACGCUGCAUCAUUCGGGAAACUCAUCCGCUCCAUCUUCAUGGGCCUGCGCACACGCCGCCUUGGAACCAGGGGGAACUCCAAAUAUCAUUAUUACGGGAUACGUGUGAAGCCAGACUCGCCUCUGAACCGGCUGCAGGAGGACAUGCAGUACAUGGCACUGAGACAGCAGCCUGUGCAUCAGAAACAGAGGUUCAAGUCUGUUCAGAAGGCAGAUGGCUUUUUAGGAGACAACUACGCAAGCAGCGGCCAUCACAAUCCUAAUGCGGCCGAACAGACAGUCCUUGCGCAGAGCCAACACCAUCAGCAAUUCCUGGACGCAUCUCGGGCCAUUCCCGAGUUUGUAGAGCUCGAUCUUGGAGAUAACGGAAUGGACGGUAUCAGCAUGGAAGACAUCAAAGCUCUUCAGAUACUUUACAGAGAGCACUGCGAGGCAAUCUUGGACGUAGUGGUAAACCUUCAGUUUAGCUUGAUCGAGAAGCUCUGGCAGACAUUUUGGCGCUAUUCCCCUUCCAACUCAAUAGAGGGCAUCACUAUGACUGAAAACGGCGGGAUGAGUGAGAUUGAAGGACGUCUGCCACGUGCCAGACUCUUGCUGCUGUGCCACAGUGAAGCUGUGCUGAAGUGGAUGAACACCUGCGAUCACCUGAUGUACCAGGCUCUAGUGGAGAUCCUCAUCCCUGAUGUCCUCAGACCCAUUCCUAGUGCCUUGACUCAAGCCAUCCGUAACUUUGCCAAAAGCCUUGAGGGCUGGCUCACCAACGCCAUGAACGCCGUUCCACAGAAAAUGAUCCAGACCAAGGUAUCCGCUGUUAGUGCCUUUGCGCAGACCCUGCGCAGAUACACGUCUCUGAACCACCUGGCCCAGGCAGCACGUGCUGUCCUGCAGAACACCUCACAGAUCAACCAGAUGCUCAGUGACCUGAACCGUGUGGAUUUCGCCAACGUGCAGGAGCAGGCAUCAUGGGUCUGCCAGUGUGAGGAGGGCAUGGUGCAGCGACUCGAGCAGGACUUCAAAGCUACGCUGCAGCAGCAGAGCUCCUUAGAGCAGUGGGCCGCCUGGCUCGACAACGUGGUCAGUCAGGUCCUCAAGCCCUAUGAGGACAGGCCGAGUUUCCCUAAAGCGGCACGCCAGUUCCUGCUCAAGUGGUCCUUUUAUAGCUCGAUGGUGAUCAGAGACUUGACCCUGCGCAGUGCUGCCAGCUUCGGCUCCUUCCACCUGAUCAGGCUGCUGUAUGACGAGUACAUGUUCUACCUGGUAGAGCACCGUGUCGCCCAGGCGACCGGAGAGACACCCAUUGGGGUUAUGGGAGAGUUUGAUGACCUGAAUACCAUGUCACCCACCAACAUUGACAAAGACGAAGUAAGCGAGAUGGACAGUGAGCUUGAGGAGGAGAUGCAGGAGGUGGGUGAGCCGCUGCCCAAGCAAGAGAAAGCAGAGGCUGAGGUGAUUCAGGUGUUGCAGGUGGGGACUAUGGAGGACGGAAGCAGCGCUGUGGUGGGCGUGGUGCAGCCAGAAAUGCUGGGUACUAUAGGGCUGCAGCAGCAGUCCACCAUCCGUCACUGCGGUGGGGCCGGGAACGCCUAUGCCUCUGUGUGACACUUUCACCAGCUCUCUCUAAAAAAGUUUUUUCUUAUCCCUCCACUUGACGCCUCUUAGUUGUACUCAUUUACAUCUUUCUGUCAUCAUGUAACAUGCUCUCUUAUAUUCAGCAGGGUCUGAUCACAACACUAUAGCAGCAGAUACUUCAGUCCUGCACUGCCAUUAUAAGAACUUGGUUUAUGUGGUCAGUCUGUUGGAGUCAGAGCAACCCUUGAAGCAAGAAGGUGCUCAAUGUUAACGUCUGUAUGCUGAAAAGAAUGGGUCAGUUUUUAUUUUUUCCUUCCCUCAGCUGACCAAGAACCCCAAUCCAAGCCACUAGCUCCACAGGAAAAACAACCACCACUGAAUUUCAUUGUAUUUGUAUUGUUGGUCAUUGUUUUUUGUUGUUCCCUAUGUGGCUUUGCAUCAGAGUUGGAAAUCUUGCUGUGUAUUGUGCUGCUAUAACCUCAAGCGAGCUGUCCAGCCUCUUCCUUGAGCCGUUUUCCUUGCCUUCUGUUUUAAAUCAGUCUGGUCUUAGGAGAGAAUUCAUUUUACAUCUCUACGUAUCCAGUGCAGACCUGGUGAGUUUGCUGGUUUUGGUAGAUUUCGUUUUUUUAUUGAGUGAUUGAACCAAAAAAAAAAAAAGUAAAAACAAAACAUUGGAAGUGUUGAGAUUGGCUGUUCCAGGCUGUUGUAUAGCUUCAUGUCCUCGAUUGCAUCUGUGCUGUCAUAAAACUGAGCUAAUGUCAGGGAUUUAAUGUACCUCGGGUUCAUGCUAGUGCCUUAACCCAGCAACAGCUUUUAUAUUUUGUCGAAGCUACUGCAACGCACUGAGGAGGGCCAUUUCUACUAGAACAGUUGCUGCCAAUAAAUAAAUAAAUAAAUAAAUAAAUAGUCACUGCUAGAUAUCUAACACUGGAUCUGUAAUCCGUCAUCAGUGUGAGUUGUCGAUUAUUUGUUUAGUAAUGGAUUUACGUGUGUGUCUUAAAUUGUUUGUGUAACAGUCACCCUACCUCACACCAGUGGUGCCAGCUGUUGGACGAACGCCUCAAGUUUUGUUGUGCGUUACGUCGUACUGUUUAAACUUGUCAGUUCAUCACACUGUCAUUCCCUUUGUUUCACACUGGAUAUCUGUACAGGGGACCAAAUCUUGCGCUGAUAUAAAUAUUGCUAUAUAUAUAUAUGUAGGCUAAAUCAUUUCAUACUUGUCAUUUAGUUGAUACGACGCAGGUGGUGUUGCUUUGAUUCAUCAAUCCGUGCACUGACUGUGAAGGGAGUUCCUACUGUAUGCCAGUUUAUUCAGUAACAGGAGAUUUGGGGGAGUGGCUGGUUCAUCAGAGAGAGAGAUAUUUAAAUAUAUUUAAAACUGAGAAACUAGUCUGUGUAAUAGCACUCCAGUUAAAGGCACAGACCAUAUUAACUGACUGCUUUAUUAAUGAUUAAUAGUGGUAUUUUGGACUUAUUGAUUGUUCUGUACGUUUAACAAAAACCCACUGGAAAACAAUAUUGCCUUUACUACUUUUUUUUUUUUUUUAAUUAAGUACACUAGCUUUCCUGACUCCUCUAGAAGGCGUUAAAGUGUCUGUCAAACUAACCGAAGCAGGAGCUUUGACUGUUUCUUUUCAACUUGCUGUGCAAUCUAUGAACUGGAAUAGGAAAAAGUCGUUUUCUAUACAGCAGAGAGCCUAAAUCUAACCAAAAGCAAGGCAGCUGACAGGAACAUAUAGAGAUUGUGUAAUGGAGUGUGGAAGUCUCCGCCAUUGAACAUGUUUUAAUUUAGAUCCUUUGUGUGAAUGUGACAUUUUGUCGUAUCCUCUUGUGCCUGGAGCGAGGAGUUUUUAGCCAUGAGUUAGUUUUAUUUUUUUUUUUUUUUAAAAAAGUGCUUUUGGUCUUGCAUGCUUUUUAUUGUGCUGCUAGAAUGUCAAGAUUUUGCAGUUGUUUUUUACUUUUAUUCAAGAUAUUGUCAGUGCACAAUAAUUUAUUUCUUGCCAUAUUAACAAGCCUACUAUUUUUAAGUCAAGUUACAAAAUAUUUAUUUGAUUUGACUGAAAAUGGCCCUACCCUUGGUUUGUCACACUGAAGUUGGCCUUGCUAGAUUAGCUUGCACUAGAGGGGUUAGUGAGGCGUCACUUUUUUGUUUUGUUUUGUUUUUUUAAUGACACAGCUAAGUUCUAAGCAGUAGCUUUACUUGAAUUUAACCCUCAACGCAGUUUUGGAUGUAUCCAAGCUAUGAGUCAUCCCUUAAAAAAAGCCCCAUCCCAAAUUGCAUACCUCUAGUGUUGGAUUAUGUUAAAAUCUGCCACCGUACACUGUCAAGAAUUAGUAGCAACACUUACUGAUUUUAGUGAACGCUUAAAUCCAGCAACCAAACUAAUACAGUUCAUGUACCAUAGAAAUGUUAAAGUAUUGUUAUAUUUGUUGUCUUUCCCUGACUAAUCUGAGUUUCAGAAAUAUGAUGGCAUAUUGUUUGGGAACUAGACACUGACUCUACUUCACAGAGCUUUUUUUUUUUUGCCCCCUCCAAAGCCAGAUGAGUUUUGGACAUAUGCCACAUAGCACCACUGUGUGGUUUUUAAACAGAGCCAGUCCAUCACUUAAAGGCUGUGACAAACACAAACAUAUCAAAUACCCCGAGCUGGAGUGAACAGGAAAAGGCUCUUCUAGUUCUAGCAAGGCAGCUUCACUGGGAAAGAGACUUCAGUGCCUUGAAUUUUACUAAGACCUCCAGGAGCAGACAAAAUGUUUGCCAAUUUCUGCAAUUAUCUCAACUAUAAGUGCAGAAACACAGAGGCGUUUAUGCUGCAUGCUUAAAACAAGAUCUACUCUUACAUGUGGUUCAGGUGCCCGUACUGUCCAACGUCCCUCCCCAUCCACACAGACACCUGCCACAGAUAUGCACACUUGCAUUUAGAGGUACAUCACUGACUUCAUCUCACUAUUGUGGUGACUAAUAACUGUAUUAUUAUCUUACAAUGGGAGUCUACCACUAUGACCGCUGCACUAUCCCAGUCAUCACAACUUUUCUUUCCUCUUUCUAUUAUUUGUAGUGUGAUUAAAGUCUUUAUGCUUCGGGAAUAUUUUAAGUGCCAUUUGACAGUUUACGUAGUGCACCGUGGCCUGCUGUAGCGCGUUCUAAUGCAAGCACAAGCGUUGUGGUACUCUCGAGCGACUCUGCUCGGAAAAAGCAGUCGCAGUUGUAAAUAUUGAGCUUAAACGGAUGGUUAUUUAUUUACUUACCCUUUCUUUAACCACUGAAGUGUACAUUGUGAUUCUUUUCUGCCCUCUUUCUCUUACAAUGUAUUGUACUUUACAUUUUUUUUUUGUUUUUUUUGUGUUUGUUCCAAUUUCUCUUAGUAAAUUAUAUUCUCUGAAAACUUGGUAAGAGCUAACCACUAUGUGUAGAGUGAUUUGUAUUGUGUAUUUUACAUGAAGGAUGAGAAAACUGGGGAACUUUUAUAUUUAUAAAGGCAUAUAUUAACAACAUUUAGUGUGUCGGUUACGAGAUAAAAAUAGAACUAUCCAAGACACAUGUAGUUUGGUUUUUCUGAAUAUUUCAGACUUGAGCUCAGGCUAGCUUCUUAGUGUUGUUUACUUACUUGUGGCUUGUCUUUCAAUUAAUAAACUUUUCCUCGUUGAAA